AUGCGAAAGCACACGCGAAAUCACGAAUCUGACCAUUACGCACUCUAUUCAAAGAAUAAAAAGUUCUAUAGAACCGACACAUCACAAGGUUUCAAUUGCAACAAGAAUAAAGUCGAUACAGCUUUUGUGAACGCAGAAACAGAAGCCGCAGAGAUGUCCGUGGUAGAAGCCAUCGCCGCACCCGCUGCCUCCGCCAUUGACUCCAGAUUUUUGGACAAGCAAAGCCGCACAAUUGGCACCUACGGCCUGGAGACAAUGGUGAAGCUUAUUUCCUUCAAGGUGCUCAUCGUCGGCUGCGGUGGGGUUGGAAUUGAGGCGGCGAAAAACCUUUCCAUGGCUGGCGUUCACACAAUUAUUCUUUGUGACCCUGCGAAAGCUCAACCAAAGGAUAUGGGCGUUAACUUUGCUGUCACGGAGGCGGCGGUGCGUUCUGGUCUUACUCGAGCCGAGGCGUCGCAGCGGCUGGUAUCCGAAUUGAACCCAAACGUUCGUGUGCGGGUCGUGGACGCCCUCAGCGAGGCGGUGGUCAGUCAAGUCAAUGCCCUUGUCUUCACCUCUGCGGCCCCGGAUUAUUCCCUGGGGACUCUUAAGAGAUGGAAUAAAUUUUGUCACGACCACCCGUCGCCCAUUUCCUUUAUUUUUGCCUUUCAGGGCGGCGCGCUCGGGUCCGUCUUUGCCGAUCACGGUGCUCACUUCACCGUAAAAGAUCCAGAUGGUCGCCCCAUGCUUCAGAAAUCUAUUGUGGAGGUAAUUACAAAGCAGGACAAAACUGGCACGGCCUACACACGUAUCCGCUAUGAGACGCCAGAGGGUCAAACGCCUGGUGCGCUCCGUGACUACACAAGGUUUAAGUUCACGGAGGUGAGGGGACUGUGUAAGGCAAAUGGAGAAAGUGUGAAUGAGAACAUCUUCAACGGCGUAAUGUGCCCCAACGACCCCCGCGACACAGUGCGCAUCUACCCUUCGCUCGAGAGCCAAGGCUACUCCGCAUAUGAAACAGGUGGAUUCCUUCAUGAAUUGAAAGAAGUAUUCCAACUUGAGUUUCGAACUUUGGAGGAGGCCGUUGUAUCUCCUGGUCGUUUUGUUCCUGUGAGUCCCAUGAUGGAUGGAUCAGAGGAAUCACAGUCCCAUCUCGCUCUGCAUGCGUUACUCAAUUUUUUGGAUAGGCACGGGAGGCCUCCAAAGCUACAUGAUGUAAGUGAAGCAGAAGAGGCCUUGUCUAUUGCAAAGGAAAUUAACAUUGAGAACAAAAGAAGGUCAAAAGCCAAUACCGAAACGUACCAA